CAACAAAAGGUUCUGUUGUCCUUGAGCACGUAUUCCGUCACGUAAACCUUGUGGAGAUAGAUUAUUUUGGGCUACGUUACUGUGACAGAAGCCAUCAGACGUAUUGGCUGGAUCCUGCAAAAACUCUUGCUGAACAUAAAGAACUGAUUAACACUGGACCUCCAUAUACUUUGUAUUUUGGUAUUAAAUUCUAUGCUGAAGAUCCAUGUAAACUUAAAGAAGAAAUAACCAGAUAUCAGUUUUUCUUGCAGGUGAAACAAGAUGUCCUUCAGGGCCGGCUGCCCUGCCCUGUCAACACUGCUGCUCAGCUGGGAGCAUAUGCCAUCCAGUCUGAACUUGGAGAUUAUGACCCAUAUAAGCAUACUGCAGGAUAUGUAUCAGAGUACAGGUUUGUUCCUGAUCAGAAGGAAGAACUUGAAGAAGCCAUAGAAAGGAUUCAUAAAACUCUAAUGGGUCAGGCUCCUUCUGAAGCUGAGCUGAAUUACUUGAGGACUGCCAAAUCCCUGGAGAUGUAUGGCGUUGACCUCCAUCCUGUCUAUGGAGAAAACAAGUCUGAGUAUUUCUUAGGAUUAACUCCAAUUGGUGUUGUUGUCUACAAGAACAAAAAGCAAGUGGGGAAGUAUUUCUGGCCUCGGAUUACAAAGGUUCACUUUAAGGAAACUCAGUUCGAGCUCAGAGUUCUGGGAAAAGAUUGCAAUGAAACCUCAUUUUUUUUUGAAGCUCGAAGUAAAACUGCUUGUAAGCAUCUCUGGAAGUGCAGUGUAGAACACCAUACGUUUUUUAGAAUGCCAGAAAAUGAAUCAAAUUCAUUGUCAAGAAAACUCAGCAAGUUUGGAUCCAUAAGUUAUAAGCACCGGUACAGUGGCAGGACAGCUUUGCAAAUGAGCCGAGACCUUUCUAUUCAACUUCCCCGGCCUGAUCAGAAUGUGACAAGGAGUCGAAGCAAGACUUACCCCAAGAGAAUAGCACAAACACAGCCAAUUGGAUCAAAUAGCAUCAAUAGGAUAACUGCAAAUAUGGAAAAUGGAGAAAAUGAAGGAACAACUAAAUUUAUUGCACCUUCACCAGUAAAAAGCUUUAAGAAAGCAAAGAAUGAAAACAGCCCUGAUACCCAAAGAAGCAAAUCUCAUGCACUGUGGGAAGAAAAUGGCCCCCAGAGUGGACUCUACAACUCCCCCAGUGACCGCACUAAGUCACCAAAGUUUCCCUACACACGUCGCCGAAACCCCUCCUGUGGAAGUGACAAUGAUUCUAUACAACCCAUGAGGAGAAGGAAAGCCCAUAACAGUGGUGAAGAUUCAGAUCUAAAGCAAAGGAGGAGGUCACGUUCACGAUGUAACACAAGCAGUGGUAGUGAGUCAGAAAAUUCUAAUAGAGAACACCGGAAAAAGAGAAACAGAAUACGGCAAGAGAAUGAUAUGGUUGAUUCAGCACCUCAGUGGGAAGCCGUAUUAAGGAGACAGAAGGAAAAAAACCAGGCCGACCCCAACAACAGGCGAUCUAGACACAGAUCUCGCUCGCGAAGCCCUGAUAUCCAAGCAAAAGAAGAGUUAUGGAAGCAUAUUCAAAAGGAACUUGUGGAUCCAUCAGGAUUGUCAGAAGAACAAUUAAAAGAGAUUCCAUAUACUAAAAUAGAGACUCAAGGUGACCCAGUCCGCAUCAGGCAUUCUCAUUCGCCACGAAGCUACCGCCAGUAUCGCAGGUCCCAGUGUUCAGAUGGAGAGCGAUCCGUUCUGUCGGAAGUGAAUUCAAAAACAGAUCUCGUACCGCCACUGCCGGUGACCCAUUCUUCGGAUGCCCAGGGUUCCGGUGGCUCUACAGUUCAGCAGAGAAGAAAUGGGUCUAAAGAUAGCCUGAUUGAAGAAAAAUCUCAGACAUCUACAAGCAAUCUGACUGGAAAACACACUGCAAAGACAAUAAAAACCAUCCAAGCUUCCCGCCUCAAGAUAGAGACUUGAUCCUGGUGAAGGGUGAGGGGUGGGGUGGGAAGGGUGUGUGCGACUGGUACUUUUAAACUGUGAAUUAGAUAAUUUGAUUCAAGUAUCUUGGACCUGCAAGUGUUUCUUCAGCACAGGAAAAUA